CUUAAAACAGCUAGCCCUCAACUGUCCUCCACAUAGCCCUCAACUAGCCCUCAACUUUUUUUUUCUGUAGGGGUAUUAAACUAUUUGACAAGUUUUCACAUAGGGCAUGAUAGUUUAUAGCAUAUUUUUCUUUUGUAGACUGUCAUGUCAAAGACAUCCCCAGAAGUAACUCCUGACACCCAUUUACAGGAACCUGCAGCACCAGUAGUUGAAGAUUCCAUCGGAAAAGGGCAACAGUCUGCCAUGUUAAAUCGUUUAUUAGGGAAGGGCAGCUAUGAAUCUUUUGAUAUGAGAUGCAUGGUAACUGGCCAAUUUUCUGUUGGGAAGUCGACUCUUGUUAAGCUGUUAGCUGGAGAAAUUAUACCUGAUGGUCGACACCCGACAGAUGGGAUUUCUCUGGUAGAAGGUCGCUGUGGCCUAGAUAUUCUUACAAAAGAGUGGAUUCUUGUUGAUCCAGACUCUUACAAUGUCCUGGAUGUUGUGUACCAUAAGGUUUUAAUGACCUCUCUGGAAGAAGAGGAGGAGAGUGAACUUACCAACAAAGCUUCAGAUACAACCCCAACUGGUUAUGCCAAAGCUACACUUUCCUCUUUGCCCUCAGAACAGUCUGCAGCAGCACAAUCUCUACCAUCUACGAAAUCCUCCAAUGUGCCUCACACGGUAAAACAGAUGGAAAAGAAAAUGAGAACAAGAAUGACUAAAGAAGAAAUAAGAAAGAAAAUGGAAAAGGUCCUCAAAAGUGGGAAGUAUAAGAUGAAAGUUGGACGUCUUAUCUUCUGGGAUUUUGGUGGACAAUAUGUUUAUCUAACAACACAUCAGACCUUCAUGACGUUCCGAGCAUUGUUUCUUGUAGUAUUUGAUGGGAGCAAAGACUUGCAUGAACAGGUCCCUGAUGUGAUGUGUUUUCCAGGGCAGCACAUGACGCCAACUCCAGCAGUAUUCUUGCAAUAUUGGGUCAAUUCCAUCCUGACCUAUUGUAAGGUUGUAUAUGCAGGCAUUCCGAAGAUCUUGUUUGUUGCCACUCACAAGGACAAAGUACUAACGGAGAAUAUUGAGAUCACACGUGAAGAGCUUAACAGAGGAAUUGAGGAGUUGUUUAAAGACCACGAGGGAAACAUCAUCUGGUCCUACGACCUCUAA